AUGGUUUAUCGUGACCCGGAUGUAGUUAUACCUGGGAAAAACGGAGAAUUACACGUCCCGUUAGAAGUAUGUGGUGCCGUGGUGAAGCGAGAGUUGGACUACUGGCACGUCAACCAGUACUGUAUCAAAUCGUGUUGCUGGCGACACUACCGUUCCUACAUCGAAAACAAAGCCAUCCUCGACUCCUUCAACCGUAGUCUGGAGAAAGAGCGAGUCAAUAUCAACAUCAAUGAAUACGAAGGAUGGAGGCGGUUUCAGAUGAAAGUUUGGCUGAUUCUGGAACAUCCACGGACGUCACGCACUGCCAUGGUAUAUGGCGUAGUGUCUCUAUUGUUUGUCGUGGUCUCCAUCCUUGGUUUUUGCCUGGAGUCACUUCCAAUGUUAAAGAAGCCUUUAAAAAACAUCACCUUUAACGGAAAUGCUACAGGGGGAUGUGAGGGGUCUGCUACGCAAGUUAUGACUCAAAACGAGGCUCUCAAUAUCCUUGAUAUUAUCUGUACUGUUUAUUUUACAAUCGAACUAGCAAUCAGAUUCUGCUUUGCCCCAGAGAAAAUGAAAUUUGUUCGUUCUAUGAUGAAUAUCAUCGACCUGUUAGCUUUAGUUCCGUUGUAUAUGCAACUUGUCUUCAAUACAGACACUUUACAAUCGUGUUAUGUGAACGAAAGACUCGUGAUUGAAAUCAUGUUCUUGUUAAGAAUUGUAAGAAUGUUUAGAAUAAUGCAUCUUGUGAAACACUACCAAGCGCUGAAGAUAUUGGUGUAUGCUCUCAAGGCCAGUGUCCAGGAGUUGCUCAUGCUGGCUAUAUUCCUCCUCAUCGGCAUGCUUGUAUUUGCAUCCAUGAUUUAUUAUGCAGAACGAAAGGACGCCGUUCAACCAAGCGAUACUUUCAACACCAUCCCAAUGGGAUUCUGGUGGGCACUCAUUACCAUGACUACGGUAGGAUAUGGUGAUGUGUUCCCAACCCGACCAAUCGGGUAUUGUGUAGGGGCCGCUUGUGCUGUCAGUGGAGUAUUGAUGAUAGCACUUACCAUUCCUGUUAUAUCAAACAACUUCACACUCUUUUACACGCAUGUGCGAUCACGUGGGACAAAGGAGGAGGAGCGUGACAGAUAUAGAAAUAGCAUGAGCACGUGCGUCAAUAACCCGUUUAGAGAGGAUACAGCAACUGUGAAUUCGGAGGAGGACGGAUACGGGACCAUCUCAUUGUUGGAGGAAAAGAGGAAAUCGUCUGAAUCGGUUAUAGACACAUAUAUGAACGGUCAUGCAGCACUUAAGCACUUUCCUGGCAGAAAAUCACCCAAAUACAAGCACUUCAAAAAAAUUCCCGAAGCUACGUCAUUGAACGAUAUGAUCAUUCGUAAUUCGGAUUUUGACAUCAGCGGACCAGAGAGUGAUAAAGCUAGGUCCGACGAUGGGGUCGCUUACGCUGGAGAGACUUUAUUGUGAUGGGGUCGCUUAGCUGGAGAGACUUUAUUGUAAUACCGAUACAUGGUUACACCGUUUUGUUUUUGUUCUCCAACUUUACCAUCUACUGGCUUCACUAUGAUUCCCUCCAACUCGUACUUAUAAGACCUCUGCUAACUUGGCCUUACAGAAAUAUCGCACUACAAAUAACAGGAAUACCAAAAAAUGCAUCCGUUCGUCCGUCCUUCCAUUGUAAUAUCAGUAAUACCAUCUAUGGUUAGCAAAAUGUAUGGCGAUAUAUGAUAGGAGUAUAAAUGAUUAUUGGGUGACGGAAUGAUUUAAGAUCCUUUUCUUGUAUCAAUAGAAAACAACAAACUGUCUAAAGUGCACAAAAAGUAGAAUUACUAACACGAAACAUCUACAACACAUCACCCUACUAAUUCAUGAUCUGCAUGGUAUCUAUAUCACCCCUGUUUUCACUCUUCUAAUGGUCUGGGAUGGUAUCUACAUCACCCCUGUCAAUACCCUUCUAAUGGUCUGGGAUGAUAUCUACAUCACCCCUUUCAAUACCCUUCUUAUGGUCUGGAAUGGUCUCUAAAUCGCCCCUGUCAAUACCCUUCUAAUGGUCUGGGAUGAUAUCUACAUCAACCCUGUCAAUACCUUCUUAUGGUCUGGAAUGGUCUCUAAAUCGCCCCUGUCAAUACCCUUCUAAUGGUCUGGGAUGAUAUCUACAUCACCCCUGUCAAUACCCUUCUAAUGGUCUGGGAUGGUAUCUACAUCACCCCUGUCAAUACCCUUCUAAUGGUCUGGGUUGAUAUCUACAUCACCCCUGUCAAUACCCUUCUAAUGGUCUGGGUUGAUAUCUACAUCACCCCAGUCAAUACCUUUCUAAUGGUCUGGGAUGGUUUCUACAUCACCCCUGUCAAUACCAUUCUAAUGGUCUGGAAUGAUAUCUACAUCACCCCUGUCAAUACCCUUCAAAUGGUCUGGGUUGGUAUCUACAUCACCCCUGUCAAUACCCUUCUAAUGGUCUUGGUUGGUAUCUACAUCACCCCUGUCAAUACCCCUCUAAUGGUCUGGAAUGUUAUCUACAUUUCCCCUGUCAAUACCCUUCUAAUGGUCUGGAAUGUUAUCUACAUCACCGCUGUCAAUACCCUUCUAAUGGUCUGGGAUGGUAUCUACGUCACCCGUGUCAAUACCCUUCUAAUGGUCUGGAAUGAUAUCUAAAUCACUCCUGUUAAUACCCUUCUAAUGGUCUGGAAUGAUAUCUACAUCACCUCUGUCAAUACCCUUCUAAUGGUCGGGGAUGGUAUCUACAUCACUCCUGUCAAUACCCUUCUUAUGGUCUGGAAUGAUAUCUAAAUCACUCCUGUUAAUACCCUUCUAAUGGUCUGGAAUGAUAUCUACAUCACCUCUGUCAAUACCCUUCUAAUGGUCUGGG